AUGGAUAACAAGAAUAAUAAUAAUAAUAAUGGCAUUUUCAUUGAUUUAGAAAGUUCAGAACAUAAAAAGGUAUGUGCCAAUGAUCAUACAAAGUCACAUGCACCACACCACUGUGAUCAUGCAGAUGAAAUCAAAUCACUUUUAAAUAAUUUAUCUUUAAAGAUUAAAAGUUCAUCUCAUGAAAUUGAAUCACAAAACAUAGACACAAUCAGCAAUGUUAGAGACAUCGUUAAACUAUAUCUUGAUCAAUUGAAUCGAUUUAUCAACAUUGUAGAUCUUUAUCAACAUCAAUAUAAUCAACAACAACAACAACAACAACAACAAGAAGCAAAUCAUGAUAAUGAUAUAACAUCGCUAAUGGAAAACGCCAUUAUCAUUUUAAAUUGUUACUUAUUGGUGAUUAAAGAGUUGGAAAGAUUCACAGAUGAUAAAUUCAAUCCACUCAUUUAUCCAACAAUCAGUCAUAAUUAUGUAAUUAGAACGUUCGAGCAUGAAUCACUCGAAUAUAAACUACAAAUUUGGGAUACUUCCUGCUACCAUAGAUUUAGAUCUAUAACAACUUCAUACUUUAAAGAUGCAGCUACUAUAUUUAUUGUAUAUGAUGUCACUGAUGAAAGAUCAUAA